AUGGGUCAUUCGAAGGAGACGUGCUGGGUUUGUACUGGUCGUGGUGGUCAAAGAGGUUAUGGUAAUGGAAACAAUAACCGUGGUGGUAUUGGGUAUGGAAACCGCUCUCAAGGAGGAAAUGGCGGUAAUGGUAAUCGUGGUAAUUUUGGAAAUGAAGCCGGUAGUGGAAACCGUGGAGCAAACAACGCUCAAGGUGGUAAUGGUCGAGGACCAGGUUGUUUUAACUGUAGAGAUGUGGGGCAUUUCAAGAGAGAGUGCCCAAAGCUCAAUGAAGCUCAAGGAAGGGUUUUCAACAUUGGAGCUAGGGAAGCUCACCAGGAUCCGAACGUAGUUACUGCUAGUAACCUAGAUAUUCCAUACUCGAUAGAACUAGCUAAUGGAAAGCUAGUAGAAGCGAAUUAA